AUGACUGAGGCUUUGCUCGGCGCUCCUUUUGAUCUUGACCGAGCUUUGCAAGGCGUAAGCCUUCUCGAAGGCGGCGAGCCCGUCUCAGGCUUAUCCGAAGAUGGCGAUGCUGAGCAAGAUGCCCAUUACAGAGUCUUUGUGGCUUCUGCGUUUAUCUACGCCUGCGUUGAUGGCGACUCCGACAAUUGGAGCAACUACUGUGUAGCUGCGGGUGCGGAGAAGAGCUCUAUCAGUUCCGAUGUCUCACAGGCGCCGCGAAUAUCCGUUUGCGAAAGCGACGAAGGACAGGAGCUUCUCGAUGAUGCCGUGUGCGAAGCCCUUCCUGGAGUAUCUGAUCUUCAUUCCCGGCCCUCCGAGAUGUUAUCUGCCCCCGCGGACGUAUGGCGAUGCCCAGUCGAAGGAUGCAGGGAGGUCAUUCGCCCGUACAAGCUUACACAGCAACAACGGGAAGUCGUCGUGGUCCUGUCAGGUGAUCCCGAUGCCAUGAUUGUGCAAGUCAGCAACGGCAGGUUUCGUCUGCGUUGUAGCGAUCCCUGGAAGCUACUUCGCUACAUCGACGCUUUGGCGUGGGAUCAUAUCUCUUGGCACCUUCAUCGCGCGCACAUCACCUUCUACUAUCCACAUCCCGAUAAGCCGUACAAGGAAUCUCCAGGGUGGUGGUGGAAUGAGGCCUUGUUGGCACGCGACCAGUCACUUCUACGAGACGUAGCGGAACUCUCGGCUACGGCCCAGCAGGCCAGGCGUCAGUGGAUGGUCACUAAGGCCCUGGACUUCGCUCGACGGAAGAUACAGCGCGCAUCCGCUCGGCUCACGCGCUGGCGUUACGACGCCUUGCAAGCAAGGAGAGAGCUUGUUUCAGACAUGUUCAGUCUCAAUCGCAGUAUAGUUGAGGUCAGCCGCGCAUUGUUGGCCUUGAUACGUCAGCAAGAAUCCGAUCCUCGAACCAAAUCGUUCUCAGCAGAGAUCACACAUUACCGGGCGGUGGAGAUGGAAUGGGCGGAGGAGCAAUAUAUGUGGUUUUGA